AUGGCUUCCUCACAAAACUCACAACCCCAUUUCCACGACUACCUGCCUCUCAUGGCCGAGAACCUCGGCGGGGACGGUCUCAUACGCGAGUUCUGCAACGGCUUCAACCUCCUCAAGGACUCCCACACAGGGCUCAUUACCUUUGACAGCCUCAAGAGGAACGCUGCGUUGCUGGGCCUGCAUGGUCUCACCGACGAGGACCUUCGCUCCAUGCUCCGACAGGGUGACUGCGACGGAGAUGGCGAGCUCAACCAGAUAGAGUUCUGCGUUUUGAUGUUUAGGUUGAGCCCUCAACUCAUGGAGGGUUCCAAGUUGUGGCUGGAGGAAACCCUUGGAUAA